CUCUGAACAAAAGUGUAAAGUAAAAGAAUACAAAAUAAACGUACUUGCGCUUUUUUCCAAACUGUUUAGUUUUAUUAAGGUGGUCAUUUGUGGAUAAUCUAAUUGCUCAAAAGAAAACAAUGGUCUUUUGUGUAUUCUGUGAUAUUAUCAGGGGGAAAUCACCCUGUACUAAAAUUGAAGUAGAAACCGAGGAAUAUGUGAUAUUUAAAGAUAUUAAACCAGCUUCAAAAUAUCAUUAUUUAUGUGUAACAAAAAGACACAUAGAAUGUCUAACAGCAAUGUCCAAAGAUGAUAUAGCUUUAGUCAAUCAAAUGGCAGAAGGUUUGCAGAGAUUUUUUAAAUCUUUAAAUAUUGAUCUUAAUGAGGCUUUACUGGGUUUUCACAUGCCACCCAUUAUAAGUGUUUAUCAUUUGCAUAUGCAUGGUAUAGCACCAGGUACCGAUAUGUCCUCACAUGAUAGAUAUUUAUUUAAAACUCCAUCCUAUUGGUUUAAAACGGUGGAGGAGACGAAAAAGUAUUUAGCUAGUAAAUCAUAAACAUGGAACACUUUUUUUGAGGCAAAAAGGCUUAGUUGUAGUGUGAAAAAUAGUAAUUAAUAGAAUUUGUUUAAUUUUAAUUAUUUAAAUUAAUUCGUAUUAUUGUUUUAUGU